AUGGAGGAGAGCAACCAAGACGAGAUCAUCGGAGUUGUUACUGUUCACAACGGAGAGGAUGGUGAUCGACAUGGAGUGGAAACGAAUGGAGUGGACGUUGAACCAGUUCCAGAUAGACCACCCCCAAAACGGGUCGAAAUUCUCGAUUGUAAUUCUUUAAAUGGUCUAAUGUAUCAUUAUUUUGCACAAGGAGAUUAUAUUGAAUGUAAAUCAUUGAUUGGAGAGAUUCAAAGUAAAUAUAAGGAGAAAAAUGAAGCAGCAUUUCAUGUUCGUGGAUUGAUUGCUAGAAAUGAAGGAGAACUGGAAGAAGCUAUGGAUUGUUUUGAGAAAGCGUACCAGCUUUCUGGAAAGAAUAAAAAGUUUGAGAUGUUUUGCACUGUUCGACAACUUUUAUCAUAUUACAGAUACUUUUAUGAAACUAGAAGAUGUAACUUUCUUCUUGGACGUAAUCAAAUCGCUGUUGAACUACUCCGAAAAGCCAGUGAGGUGAUGAAAGAUAAUCCGAAGGUUUGGUAUUGGAUGGCCAGAGCCAUUUACCAUUUGCCGUUAGAAAAAAUUCCAGGGAAGACUUUCAAUCCGACUGAAACAGCGAGAAACCUUCUUAUGGGAUCAACUGUUGCUAAAGAUGCGGAAUUGAUUACUUUCCUUGGACGUCUCUGUGAAGAACUUCAGGAUACAGAGGGAGCGAUUGCAGCAUACGAAUCAGCAAUGAAACUGCAACCUGAUAAUACAGAUGUGAUGAUUCGUUUGGCAUUGGUUUUGUUGAGAAUGGGAAAAGAGAAAGAAGGUUUCGAACAACUUGGUAACUGUUUGGCUUAUGAUCCAUCGAAUAGUCAAGCAAUUCUGACACUCGGAUCCAUUAUAGUGGCCGCAGAUGCUUGCGAUUAUAAUGGAUGUCUCUGGAAUAAUAUUGGAAUAGGUCUUCUGGCAAGAAACAAAUCUGCUGCUGCUCAUUCGGCACUCAAAAAAGCUUCUUUCAUAAGUCCUCUAGAUUAUAAAAUCAGUUUAAAUUUAGGAGUUCUCCAUGAUAUCAUGAAAUUACAUUGCUCGGCUCUUCAUUACAUUAAAUUAUGUACUGAACUGAAACCGAAUAAUGCAAAGGCAGUUGGUGCAAUGGCAGUGAUAAUGUCGCAUAUGAACGAUGUCAAAAAUGCAAGAGCAGCUUACAAGAAGUCAAUUGAGUUACAACCAUCUCCAUCUAUUGUGCUCAAUUAUGCAAUCUUCGAAUAUCGCACAAAGAACUUUGCGGCUGCAUCAACAGCGGUUAAAAUCUACAAACAACUUGAGGCAUCUGGAAUGAAGUGCAGUGAUAACCACAAACAGACUGCGAGUCUUCUAAAUAGUGUCUUGAAGCAACAUGAAGAGACCCCAUCUGAAGAAAACUGA